CGCAGUUUAAGUAUACCUGUACAACCGCAAUUUUUCGGAAACUGCGAAAGAGGUGUACCUAUAUAGAGAAAUCGUACGUAUUCAACGCAAGCCAAGGCCAUUCGGUGAUGAUCGCACAGUAGGUGAAUAGAGUGCAGGUUAAGUGUGUGGUGCGCCCACGGCCAAACAAAAGAAAAGAUGGAUCUACCGGCCACCCAAGCCUUCGACGAGGACGACUUCAUGGCCACGCAAAGUUGUCCAGUUAACGACGAUGACGAAGAAAUAUUGGUUGCCACUUUAAGUGUCAAUGGUGUGCUACACUCAAUUUAUCCGGGAACUACGACGAUCGGAAGGAGUCCAGUAAACAAAAUAACUUUAAACGAUGAGACAGUCUCCAAAAUUCAUGCAGAAAUCGAAGCAGAAUCUUCAAAUAGGUGUAUUUUUAUAAAAGAUAAGGGUUCUUCCAACAAAACAAGGAUAAAUAAGUUAAAGCUAAAACCUAAUUUAGCAUAUCAAAUAAAACAUAAAGACCUAUUGUCUUUCGGAAAAGUUGUGGCUACCUUCAAAGUGCACCAUGCCAUGGACGACUCGUUAAACAACGCACCCCAAGUCAAAGUCAACAAAUCAAUCAUUCCUGAUACUCCAGAAUCUUCAAUCAACGCUUCCGCCUCGGAAAGCGAUGUUUCAGCUAUACCUGGCACGCAAGCGGAAGAUAAUGAUUCGCCGUUCCGACGUCCAAGCUUACCACCCCGCACUCCCACGAGUAAUAAAGAGCACAAUAUCCCUGGAAUUGCAGCCUUCAGUGCCAAUGAUCUUCCAUCGCCGUUGGCUACAGAUAAGAAAGACACUACCACUGACAAAGCUGCAGCUUCAAGAUACUCAACUAGUGACACCAAAGAGAUGACUGAUAAUGAUAGUGCAUGCAAUUCGACUCUUAAUUCUUCUCGGUUGCGGAAAAGUUUCAAUGUGGAUCAAUCGGAAAGUGUGGAAGAGGAGGAUAUUUUUGAAAUGGAAACUCAGAGGCCAGACAGUCAUAAUGAUAUCGUGGAUGACUUUGAAAAUCUGGCAACACAACCAUAUGAGCGUAGAAAAUCUAACUCUGCAAGAAAAUCAAUGCACAACGUCUCUGUUUAUAGCGCAGAAACUCAAAAGGUCACGAACGAAGCUAACAUUUCAAACAGAAGUCUCGAUACACCCAAGUCCAGGAAAUCUUUGUUGGACAAACUAAAUGACGUAUCCAUAUACAGUGCUGAGACUCAAAAAGCUGCAUCUGAGACCUUUGAAGAUAUGGAGACUCAACCAGAUGAAAAAGUCGUUGAAGGUCGAAGACAGUCGGUGGAUUCACAUACUCAUGAUGUAGAGUUGAAGAAGGCCAUAUCUGAUAAAUCAAUUGAAAACGACUUGGAGGAUCUAGCAACUCAAUCGUUUAUAGCUGUUGAAUCUAGCACGCCUCAAGCUCAUUCAAAAAAUUCAUCCGAACCAGCAAGUGCCACUAAAAUUCAGAAACCUGUCAGCACCAUGAUGUCGAUAGAGGAUAUGCAAACCCAAAGCUUCGAAGAUGAAAUAUCAAAUAAAUCUGAAACGCCAAAUGUCUCAACAAAAAAAUCCAGUGGUAAAUCAUCGAUUGCACCCAUAGCUGAGAAAUCGAUGUCAGACAUAUCAAUUGAAGAUCUUGAAACUCAGGAGUUUGAAGCUCCGAAAGAACAUACUUUUAAAACACCAACUAGACCAAUAAGAUCUUAUUCGAGAACUCCCAAAGUUCAAGAACGUGUGACUGAAGCCUCCUUAGAAGAUGUGGAAACACAACGUUUUGAGGAUUUGAAAUCAGAUAAUUUGGAUGCGUCAAAUGUAUCCUCAAGAAAAUCUACAGGUGAUUCACCUAUUACCUCUAAUGUUGAUGAACCUGACGCUUCAAUUGAAGAUGUGGAAACUCAGCAAUUCGAGGAAGAGGCAACGCCCACCAGGCCAACAAGGAAAUCACUGAGGACUGCUAAAUCACGUCAAUCCAUGCUUGAAGCAUCAGUAGAAGAUGUGGAAACGCAACGAUUCGAGGACGGAGAGCCAGGUGAUUCGAAUGUAUCCACGAGAAAAUCCAGAGGUGAAUUAUCGAGUACCGCAGAAGAAGAAAAAUCAAAUGUUUCAUUAGAAGAUGUCGAAACUCAGCAGUUCGAGGUGGAGACAACACCUGUCAGACCAACAAGAAAAUCGUUAAAAACUCCUAAAGAACAGCAGCCUCUGCUUGAUGCAUCGGCAGAUGUGGAAACCCAACGAUUUGAGGAACAAGAGUCCGAUGAAUUUAGAGCUUCAAAUGGGCCCUCAAAAAUAUCCAGUGGGGAAUCAUCAUAUACAUCCAAAGACGUACAAUCUGCUGAUUCGAUAGAAGAUGUAGAAACUCAACAAUUUGAAGAGGAAGUAACACCUACGAGUCCAACAAAAAAAUCUCUAAAUACCUCACAAGAUGUUGAAUCUACUGAUUCUAUGGAAAAUGCAGAAACUCAACAAUUUGAGGAGGCAACACCCGUUAAACCAACAAGAAAAUCGCUGAGGACUCCAAAGUCUCGGCAAGCCACACUUGAAGCAUCGAUAGAAGAUAUGGAAAUCCAACAAUUUGAUUCUGAUUCUGAAUUUAGAUCUCCAAUUGCACCCGCCAGGAAAUCUCAUAUCAAAUCACCAAGCACUCCUAAACCUGAAAAUUUAAAAUCAGAUGAGCCAAUGGAAGAGGCAGAAACUCAACAACUUGAAGAGGAAAAUCAAGAUAAUGUCAGUUCUCCAACUAAGUCUACGAGGAAAUCGCUGAGGAUAUCUAGCUUUUCCAAACCUACAGCAGACGCAUCGAUCGAAGAUAUGGAAACGCAGCAAUUCGAAGAUGAAAAGUCGCACACUUUUGAAACGCCAAGCAGACCAUCGAGAAAAUCCAGUUUAAAGCAGAAGAGUACCCCUCAAGUUCAGAAAAAUGCACCACUUGCAUCAGCGGAUGAAACUUUGGGAGAUCUGGAAACUCAGCAUUAUGAAGAGAAGUCGAAUACUACCAGCAGAAAAUCUACCGUUAAAUUUAUUGGAAAUGCUGUUGCGGAUGAAAAUGUACAAGAUCUUGAAACGCAGCCAUUUGUUUCAGACAAGAGCAUGAAAUUCAUAGACGAAACCAUUAAUGAUAUUGAAACGCAGCCUUUUGUUAGCAGAAAAUCAGCCAGUCGAACACGUGCUUCUGUUAAAGAUAUCAAUGAGUCUACAAGUGAGACCGACAGUCCAAAAAACAAAACUAAUGGUAGAAAAUCAAGCGAAACUCUUGAUGAGUCCAAAAAAGAUUUACGGGCUUCUGGCUCGUUUUUAGAGGAUCAAGUAAAUAAUAAAUCAAGUUCUGUGGAUCAAGAUCAUGAAACAGAUGAGGUACAAGCUAAAGAAAGACAAACUUCCAAGGUUAACAAGUCAGCAGUAACUUUGUCUAAUGAGGAUGAAACUGUUGAAUCAAAUGUAGUCAAUAGAGUUGAAGACACCCCAAAAGAACCUAUUGCCACGGAAAGAGAAGACGAAGAAAUGUUUUGCUCGCAGAGUAUUUUUGAUGACAUUCCAUUCGACUUUGUACCAAGAGAGCCUGAAGAAGAGGAUGUUGUAGCAACACCUGAAAGAAGUGUGGAAAAAAGUAGAGAAGAAAAUACUUAUGAUGGUGAAAAAAAGCUAGAGGAGAGUCUGCAGCAACAGGACGAGUCGAAAGCAGUAUUGGAUGACUCUGAUAUCGAAACGGAUGAGGAAGGCGUUUUUUCAAAUUCACAUUCAAAAGAGAAUAAAUCUGAAAAAUGCUCUCCAGUUGAGGAAGAUGGUGACUCAGUAACAGAUGAAGAAGGGAUCUUUUCCAUGCGGUCGUCAAUGGAAACCGCCAAAGGCACAACUGCUGAUGAAAACAACACGAGCACCCAUGAAAAAACAGAUAGUAAUAAUAAGAGCAGUUCAGAAACGGAUGAGGAAGGUAUUUUUUCGAGUCAUCUGUCAAAAGACGAUGACUCGCCUACUAAUACGGACGGUAAAAAUAUCGGUCGUAAGUCCAAAGAAACCGACAAAGAGAAGGCUGUUUUUUCAAAUAAAUCGGCUCGGAAAUCUAGCAUCAAAACCAAUCAAAGCAUUAACGGAAAGACCGAGGAUAAGAUCUCCGAUUCAGAAUCUGAUGAGGAAGAACAGUUGUUGAACGCAUCAAAGAGCAACACUUCAGCAACAGAAAAAGAAGUUAAGAACAACUCCAGACAAGCUGACGAGUCGCACGAAAAAGACGUAUUGUCUGACUUGGAAGAAGACAUUUUCGAAGAAGACGUCGACCAGGAAGAGGACAAAGAGCAGCAGACAACAGAAAAAAGUUUAAAGAAAUCCGAGUCCGAAGAUGACAUGGCUUCAAAGGUGGGUAAUGUAUCAUCCUUAUGCUUUAAAAAUGUUGACAGGAAAUCGGUUAGUAUUAAGAAAAAAGAUGAAAAAAUUGACGAAUUGGCGCCUAUGCAACUGCUGGAUACCGUGCCAUUAGAAACUGAAGACAUGGACCUCUGUCCUACUCAAGUAAUUAGCCAUGAUUGCGUCACUCCUCCGCGAAAUCGCAAGUCGAUCGACGAACUAACGCAGAUCGCAGAUUCGAGUGCCGAUCUAGACAGCUACUUUGUCGCUCCCACGCCGAUCCCGCCGAAAAAAAAAUAUGCUCUGGAGAAGCCUUCCGUUUCGGAUGACGAACUUGAACUGGCGCCGACUCAGAAAAUCGAUCCCAACAACUCGCAAUCGUUCCGCACGCGAAGACCCACAACUCUCGUCGGGGACGAUAUUAAUAUGGAGACGAUUCAAAGGGUGGAAGACAUCGAGCUGGAGCCUACGCAAAUUAUUGACACGCAGACGAUUCAAGCCACCGACCCUGGUUUUGAGGAUGUUUACUUGGCUCCAACUCAAAAAAUGUCCCAGAGAGGCAGCGUUACCAGCAAAUCUGUCGAGGAAGAUGAUCUCGAAUUGGCACUAACUCAAAAAUUGAACACCGAGUUUCUGGAGCCUACGCAGCUCACUGACUCUAGUUCAAAAGAUACUCGCAAAAGUACAGUUCACACAACUGUGUCGGCCAGGGCAGAAACGAGACCGUCGUUGGGUUCGUUGAAACGACAGCGCGAGGAAUUGUCAAUCAGCGCCAGUACCAAGAAAAUAAAGCUAACCAGCGACCAAAGCUCAACGCUAGAUUUCGACAGUACUGUAGAAUACAAUCUUAAUCGACUGUUCGAAGGGCCAGAGGAAAGACAAGUAUUUGAAGAGGACUCGUCACUGCUGACCCAGCAGCUGGAAAACAUUCUAGAAUCCAGUCAGAUCGAAGAGGUCAGUCCAAAAAUUGAUUUGAGGAAACUGCUGCCAUCCCCAACGUUGGGAUCGAGGCGAAAUAAGUCGCGGAGAAGGGCUUGUCGCGCAAUGCGGCCAGUGAACAAAUUAUCCACUUCUGCAUCUUUUUCGUCAUCGGGUGAGUCGAAGGAAAAAUCAACCGAUCCGGACGACUCGAUAGAAAAAAACCUCAAUUCUCUGUUCGAGGAAAGCGUCAACAACUUCGAGGCUCUAGAGUCCGAUGAAUUGAUGAUGACUCAGCAGCUGAAAAAUAUUCUAGCCUCUCAAGACGACGAUCAACUCAAGGACGAAAAAAUUGUGGAUAAGAUGUCGAGUGCCGAGAAAAAACGGCACAGGUUAAGCUUAUCUGCGAGCACUCCAAGAGGUGGUGUUAGUAAGAAUGCAAUCCGCGGAUCUAGAUUAUCUGUCGUGCGAGCGGUUUUCGAUAAAAGCAAAGCCAGCCCAUCGGUGAGUGACGCGAGUCUACUGUCGCAAAACGAAUACUUUGCGAAACUCAAGUCCAAGCGCAAAACCAACGUCAUAUUUUCCCAGUCACCGGAUUUACAACAAUCGCAAGCCAGCCCAUCGGUGAGUGACGCGAGUCUACUGUCGCAAAACGAAUACUUUGCGAAACUCAAGUCCAAGCGCAAAACUAACGUCAUGGAUUUGUCGUCAACGGACGACGAAGCAACGGCGGAGCCAGCGUUGUCCACCGAAAGCGAACGGGAUGUGGUGUACCGGCGAGGAAUGUUGGGCUUCUCCUCCGACCUGAUGCCCGUCAAAACGACAAAUCGCCUUCCCUUUCUACAAGACACGAGCAAGCCGUUCAGUGAUACCCAAUCCGACAACGACGAAACGCUCGAGCGAUGCCAGAUUUACAGCAUCAGGAAGAGCUUGAACUCUCCGUCGGCCCUCGAGAGCGAAAAGGAAAUCGUGUACCGGCGAGGAUUCAAAGGUUUCAGCACCGACAAGAGGCCAGAGAACACUUCGAGUCGCGUUCCCUUCAUUCGAGACAAGGGCAAACCGUUCAGCGACAGCCAAUCAUCCGAAGCCGAGGAGUCGCUACAGCGAAGCCUCUCCAGCAGCAGUGGCAAGAAGCGCUUUAACCUCAGCCUCAAAAACGUCGAUCUCAAUGGAUCGCUAUCGUCUCUGUACAGCGACCACGAGGCAGACACGAAACCAAAGUCACAGUCGCCGUGCAAGUCUCAGCGAGGAUCUACGAGUAAACCAGUACCCGGCAAGAAGGCGCGAGAACGCGUGACCCUUGGCUUCGACGACUCGGGCAAUCCAGUCUCUUGCGAGGAGCUGUCGUCGCCCACCAAACAGGUCGGUAGUAGCCAAGCAAGUAGAAUAAAUGUAAGAUCCGACGACAAGAACAACGACGACGCAGACGACGGUAACAACGACGACUUUGCCUCGGCAAGCCAAUUAAGCACGAAGAGCACGGGCUCGAGGUACGGUCGCGCGGAUGAAGACAGCGACGAUGACUUUUUGAAAAAUAUGCCGGCAAUCAAGGUCGCCGGGACGGCUGACUGUCCGCCCACCAAUUCCCAGCUGGCCGCGCCCAGCGACACUGAAGACCUCGAGUCUAUAUCCUCCGGGGACAACGAGAUUCCUGCCAAGUGGAACUGGUACGCCCAGAAGCGCUUUGACCUCAUCUACUACAAAAAAUUGAACGAGACGACGAAAGAUGAGGACGAGAACGAGGAGAGCGAAGGAGAGGACAGGGUCAACAAAGAUAAGAUCGACAAGCAGCCAAGCCCCCGCAAACCGACAGUCGAUGAGAUACUAGCGCGCUUCGAAUCGGACAACGCAGGGCGCAAAUCCCGCAAAAUCAAAAUCUCGGACAGCGAAGUGGAAGCCCACAAUAGCUUGCGCCGCUCGUCCCGGCUGUCGAGCUUCUUGGAAAGCUCGCACCAUUCCAGCCUCGAGGAGCCGAGUUCGAGCUUCUUGAGCCAGAAGUGUAGAGCCGGCGAAAGUAGCAACGAGUCGGACGAGGACAACGGCACCGUGUCGAGGCGCAUCAUCCCAAAGUACAAGCCCCUGAAGCCGGUAAACUUCGAGGCUCAGUUCGCAUCUGCGCUUGUCGAUGACGAAGAAGACUCGGACGAGGAGUUCGCGGAGCUGCGAAAAAAGUGCGUGCAAAUGCUCGCGGUCAAGAGCGCCUACUCCAAUCCGAGCACGAGCAAACGACAGGUGCCGGCGGAGAGUGGCUCGUCUCUGUCGUCGUCGUCGAGGCGACAGAGGCGCCCGCAAAAGACUUUAACGAGCACGACUCCUACUGCUACCACGACGACCAAGACGACUAAUAAACGUGUCUGGAGCUGCCGCUGGGAAAAGGAAGUCGAGCCCAAAGACAGCGACGCGGACGACGAAGACGACGACGACGACGACGACGACGACGACGACCACCACCACCACACGCACGCCAGGCCGUCUGUCGCUCGUGCGCGCCGACAAAGGCCAGCCAAGCGUGGACGGCAGUGCAGGCAAAGCGAGUAACCACGAGAACCAGCCGCCAAAGGGCGACGAGAGCUUAGCUGCCGAGGCCGACAACACCGGCAACGAUCGUCAGGUCAA